AUGGCGAACUACGACAACCCAAUGCGAUCUACCUAUGUCCCGGGAAUGGACGACUACUAUGCUCCGGUCCUCUCCCCCGAGGUGGUCAGCCCAGAGCCGCAAAGAUUCAAUCCCGAAAUGUCGUCGCAAAUCGCCAGUGGUCUGCAGAAAAUGGACCUCAACGGCAGCAACAACCACCAUGCGCGCGACUCGACCAUGAGCCACACCAGUGCACGAAGCGUCAACUCGAAUGGCAACAACUCCAAAGUGCCAACUGCCUUACCCGAGUUGCCUCACCUGUCUCACUUCCCUAAGCUCGUCAAUCCGCCUCCGAACGUUCCGCCGUCCGACGAUGAUCUCGAGGCUACGCUCGAAAAUGCGCGCACACUUGUGUUGAACUCGAACGAUCCGGAAAUGCAACUGGCCUGGGCACAGGAUGCUUUGGCAUACUGCGGCAUCUGCGCCGACGAGGUCGAACGCGUGGCAGCGGCAGACGUACAUCGCACGCGAUCUUCAACGCCACGGAUAGAGCAUCAACUCAAAACCGAUGCGGUCAACGUCGUCAGUUUUCUAGCGGAUCAACAUCAUCCUAAAGCAGAGUUCCUCCGCGGCAUGUGGUUGGAAUGGGGACGUUUCGGACAACGAGAGGACAAGAAGGAGGCUUUCAGGUGUUAUUCAAGGGCGGCGGACAAAGGCUACGUACGCGCGGAGUAUCGGAUAGGCAUGCUUUACGAAUCGUACAAUGAUCCGGUCAAGGCGCUGAAACACUACCAUCGCGGCGCAGACGCUGGAGAUGCCGCCUCAUGCUAUCGACUUGGUAUGAUGACACUCCGAGGACAGUUAGGACAAGCCCAAGAUUUCCGGCGCGGAAUCGAGUUGAUCAAGAAGUCAGCCGAGGGCGCCGAUGAGAACGCCGCGCAGGGCGCGUAUGUCUACGGCAUGAUGCUGGCACGACAACUCCCUCAGGUUGACAUUCCCGAAGGACACUUGCAAUACGAUGAGCGUCUCGCCAAAGACAACAUCGCCAAGGCGGCAUUCAUGCGGUUUGCCAAGGCGCAGGUCAAGAUGGGAUCUUUGUACGAGCUCGGCGCGCUUGGUUGUGAGUUCAACCCGGCUCUGUCGAUUCAUUACAAUGCUCUGGCAUCAAAGCAGGGAGAAGCAGAGGCCGAUAUGGCGUUGAGCAAAUGGUUCCUCGUCGGCUCUGAGGGACUGUUCCCGAAGAAUGAAGAGCUCGCAUAUCACUACGCACAGCGUGCGGCGGCGGCAGGCUCGCCUACGGCAGAGUUUGGACUGGGCUAUUUCAGCGAGAUCGGAAUGUACGUCCCGAUCAAUCUGGACAAAGCCAUGGAGUGGUAUCAAAAGGCCGCACAGCACGGCAAUGAAGACGCCAAGAGUCGCAUUCAGGCACUUUCCAACAAGCAGGUCCUCUCAAAGAAGGACCACGAAAAUGUUGCCGUCUCCAGGAUCAAAUCGCAGCGAGGAUCAAUGAUUGCCGCGCGGCCAGAACGGUUACAACAGCACCCAGCUAUGCCUCCGCCUCGAGGCUCCUCUAUGACACCUUAUCCACCAGACAACAACCAGACCCCAAUGGGCCCUCCCUCCACACGGCCGGGAUCUGUCGCACCAUAUCCCAUCAACGACGCUCCUCCUACCUCCGCCUACUCCUCGCCUCGGAUUUCAGGGAACGCGCAAUCCCCGCCUCCGGCACCGAGCGCUUACGGCAAUGGACGACCAGACAUGCGUCCCAGCUCCGCCUUCCAGCUUAGCCCCGAUCUACGCGCUCAGCAGUUAAAUCAACCUCUUCCGCCACUCAACAGCAACCGUCCGUACUCCAAUCCUAGCGGUCCCGGCUACGGCCGUGGAGGCAAUGCACCGCAAGCUCCCUACCAACAAGGGUCCUACGAUCCGCGCACGCGCCCACAGGGCAACGGCCGCAUCGUCUCAAGUCCCGCCAACUUCGGCCAAAACUACAACAACGGUGCUCCUCUCCCACCCAUCCCGGACCAAGGCGGCUACCCCAACAACUCCUACAACAACCAUCCCGGCGGACGCGUGGACGUCGGCUACAACGCCCCCUACGACGACCGUCGCCCCAGCCCAAACACCCCCUCCGGCCGACCUCCAAACCAACACCACUCCUCCUCCGCCUCCUCGCAACACUAUCCCCCGCAACAACAACAGCAAUCCCAUCGUCCCCAACAACCCAUCUACACCGGCGGCUCCCCACAUAUCGGCCCCGGUCCGACCUCACCGAACAAUCCCUCGCAACGCCCCUCCGAUCAUCGCCGCCCGGUCAUUGCGCCGGCGCCGCCAUCGAAGGACUCCGGCGUCGGAGGAAUGCCACCGCCUGCUGCUGCGGCGGCGGCGAAACCGGCGCCGAAGCCGCCGGCCGGGCCGAAAACUUUCGAUGACAUGGGCGUGCCGGUCGUGCAGCAGAAGGAGGAUUGUUGGGCGAUUCACGUGACCAUGGCUUUCUCGCAAGCUCUUGGCACGCCCAUGCCGCACGGACCCACCAUCAUCGGUCCGCACUGUGGAAUUUGGGAUACCUCGACAGCAGCGUCAGAAUUGAAUUCACGACACCAGCGAUCACACAUCAAAUACCGCAGCAAUGGCCAAGUCAAAGAACUCGUCUCAGCACAACCAGUCGAAGAAGGCGCACAGGAACGGGUAUGCCUACAUCUCUACACCUAUCACCAUUUCAUCGGGCGCAUACAUCUGAAAGGCGAUCGCGGAAGAGUUGGAUUGAUGGUCGGGAAUAUGGAAUCCCCAUUGCGUAUCAAGAAGCCGAAGACCAGCAGAUACCCUUCGCUCAAGGGAACCGACCCCAAGUUCCGAAGAAACCACAGGCAUGCGCUCCACGGCACUGCCAAGGCUCUGAAGGAGGUCAAGGAAGGUCUCCGUGAUGCCGCGUAG